UAAAAAAAAACUGAUAGGCAAUUUAAAAAUCUAUGGUUCAUUUGUGAUUUUGACCUAUUGCCCAUCCCAUUACAAUAUGUAUAUAAUGUUCAAUAUUUCCUGUAACUUCAAAGAGGUCGAAUGCCCCCUUUAAAUUUUUAAUCAAAUAUAAUAGUCAGUUAGAAUAUUGGAAAAAGGGCCAUACAUAGAUCUACCCUGUCAACAGAUACAUUUACGAGAUGUGGACCCAAACGAACCUAGCCCCUUAUGUCACUGAAGUUUUCGAGAUUGACCUGAUGGUGCCUCUGGGCGUUUUUCAUUUUGAAUAAAAUUUGGUUGCCUAGCAAUAAUUAUCGAUCAAUCUCUAGCGUCCUGUCAAAAAUUUCAGUAACAAUGAAAGUAACUUUCUGUACAGAUCUCGAUAAAAGCGUAGUCGUAGCAAACUGCGAGAAACGGGGCUGGGUGCAGGUGGGCCCCGAAGACGAAUGGAACGUGUACUGGGCCGGAACGCAAACGUGCCGUAGCUUAUUUAGUGUCGACAGCGGGUAUCGUAUGAGCGACAACCAAAUAAUCAAUCACUUCCCGAACCAUUACGAAAUUUCAAGAAAGGACCUAUUAGUUAAGAAUAUAAAACGGUACCGUAGAGAUCUGGAGAAGGAAGGGAACAUCCUUGCGGAAAGAUGGGAUUCAAAGUACUUACAUUUAGAUUUUAUUCCAGUAACGUUCGUCUUACCUGCAGACUAUAACAUGUUUGUUGAAGAGUAUCGCAAGGCGCCCCAAAGCACUUGGAUUAUGAAACCGUGCGGGAAAUCUCAAGGUUUGGGCAUCUUCCUGAUUAAUAAGCUAUCAAAAUUGAAGCGAUGGUCGAGGGAGGCAAAUAAAAAUCCUCUCCAACCGCAACUGUCGAGAGAAUGCUACGUGAUCUCGCGGUAUAUUAACAAUCCUCUUCUAAUCGGAGGGAAGAAAUUCGAUUUACGUUUGUAUGUCAUCGUCACAUCGUUUCGCCCGUUGAAAGCGUACCAGUUCAAGCUGGGCUUCUGCAGAUUUUGCACGGUCAAGUACGACACAAGUGUCGCAGAAUUAGACAAUAUGUUUGUGCACUUGACCAAUGUAGCCGUUCAAAAGCAUGGAGAUGAAUAUAACUCUUUGCACGGUGGAAAGCUAAGCGUUCAAAAUUUGAGGCUCCACCUGGAGAGCACCCGUGGUAAAGAGACCACCGAGAAACUCUUUGACGAAAUUAGUUGGUUAAUCAUUCACUCUUUGAAAGCAGUGCAGCCGGUUAUGGCAACCGACCGCCACUGCUUCGAAUGCUACGGCUACGACAUCAUCAUCGACAACAAAUUGAAACCGUGGCUAAUCGAGGUGAACGCUUCGCCGUCGCUCACCUCCACCACCGCCAACGAUCGCAUUUUGAAGCACAAACUGAUCGACAAUAUUUUGUCUCUUGUGCUUCCUCCUUCUGGUCAUCCGGAUGUUCGUUGGAAUAAAAUAGUUGCACCAGAAACCUUGGGAGAUUUCGAAUUGCUCAUCGACGAGGAUUUAGUAAAUCAAGAGGAUGGUUGUUCGGAUCGGCACAAUAAUAAAUCUAAUUAUCGUUGGAAAUAAAGUUUUUGAUUUAUCUUUGA